GGGACUUCCGCUUCCGGUCUCAAAUGAAAUCUCCCGCCACUCGGGAAAACUGCUGUCAGCAUUUGUGUUUUCUCGCAUUUGGGCAUUUGCAGGGUCGUCCGAAAGAAAGUUAGCAACACAUAGUCCUUUAUGUCUCUGAUCUAGCCAGAACCUACCGCCUUUCCUCGGAUUUUAGGAUUGCAGUCUAUAUACAACCUCAUCCUAAGUCUUGGGGUCGCAGAUAUCUAAAGGCAGUGGCACAAAGACCCACAGUGAGCAGGUGAUCCAAGAUGCAGUUUACUGGAGGAAAGCGGAGGAAGCUGAGGUUGGCAGGCGACCAGAGGAAUGCGUGUUAUCCUCAUAGCCUUCAGUUUUACUUGCAGCCACCCACUGAAAACAUAUCUUUGAGAGAGUUUGAAAACUUGGCUAUUGAUAGAGUUAAAUUGCUAAAAUCAGUUGAAAAUCUUGGUGUGAGCUAUGUGAAAGGAACUGAGCAAUACCAGAGUAAAUUGGAGGCUGAGAUUCGAAAGCUCAAGUUUUCCUACAGAGAAAACUUAGAAGAUGAAUAUGAACCACGAAGAAGAGAUCACAUCUCUCAUUUUAUUUUGCGCCUUGCUUAUUGCCAGUCUGAAGAUCUUAGACGCUGGUUCAUUCAACAAGAAAUGGAUCUCCUUCGAUUUCGAUUCAAUAUUUUACCCAAAGACAAAAUUCAGAAUUUCUUAAAGGAUAGCCAUUUGCAAUUUGAGGCUAUAAGCGAUGAAGAGAAGAGUCUUCGAGAAGAGGAAAUUAUUGCCUCUUCACCAAGUUUAAGUGGGGUUCAGUUGGAGACGGAGUCAGUUUAUAAAAUCCCUUUUGCUGAUGCUCUAGAUUUGUUCCGAGGAAGGAAAGUCUACUUGGAAGAUGGCUUUGCUUAUGUGCCACUUAAGGACAUCGUGGCAAUCAUCCUGAAUGAAUUUAGAGCCAAACUGUCCAAGGCUUUGGCAUUAACAGCUAGGUCCUUGCCUGCUGUGCAGUCAGAUGAGAGACUUCAGCCUCUGCUCAACCACCUCAGUCAUUCCUACACUGGUCAAGAUUACAGUAUGCAGGGAAACACUGGGAAGAUUUCUUUAGAUCAGAUUGAUUCGCUUUCUACCAAAUCCUUCCCACCUUGUAUGCGCCAGUUACAUAAGGCCUUACGGGAAAAUCACCACCUUCGUCAUGGUGGCCGAAUGCAAUAUGGCCUCUUCCUGAAGGGCAUUGGUUUAACACUGGAACAGGCAUUGCAGUUUUGGAAGCAAGAAUUUAUCAGAGGAAAGAUGGAUCCAGAUAAGUUUGACAGAGGUUACUCUUACAAUAUCCGUCAUAGCUUCGGAAAGGAAGGCAAGAGGACAGACUAUACACCUUUUAGUUGUUUGAAGAUUAUUCUGACUAAUCCACCAAGCCAAGGAGACUAUCAUGGGUGCCCAUUUCGUCACAGUGAUCCAGAGCUGCUGAAACAGAAGUUGCAGACUUACAAGAUCUCUCCCGGAGGGAUAAACCAGAUUUUGGAUUUGGUAAAGGGGACACACUACCAGGUAGCCUGUCAGAAGUACUUUGAGAUGACACAUAACGUGGAUGACUGUGGCUUUUCUUUGAGUCAUCCUAAUCAAUUUUUUCUGGAGAGUCAACGGAUCCUAAAUGGUGGUAAAGAUAUCAAGAAGGAAUCCACCCAACCAGAACCUCAAGCCAAACCAAGUGUCCAGAAACUCAAGGAUACAUCAUCUGCUCUGGCCUCUUUAAAUUCCUCUCUGGAAAUGGACAUGGAGGGACUAGAAGAUUAUUUUAGUACAUGAUUCUUUGGCAGUUAAGUAACCCUUUUCCCCCCACCAACUAUUAUUUCUCAUAUUUUUAAGAUUUUGUCCAUUUCUUUCACUUUUUUUUUUAAACUUCUCCCUCCAUUCCACCUCAAUUCUUGUACAUACGUAUGCACACUUAUUAGCAAAGCAGGCAAAAACAUAGACCUCUGUAUUUUUGCUUUGACACAGGAGAAAAUGAAAAGAUUCUGUUGAAGUCUGGCCCUUGAAUAUUGUGAUUUAAGUCCUAUUUUAGGAGAUGAAAAUGCCUUCUGGACUGUUGAAGUCCCUCAGAAACUAUGCAGCUAAAACUUUAUUUUAAUUACUCUCAAUUUGUAAUUUUGACUCAAUCUUUUUCUGGACCAUUUGUGCUAAUAAAUAUCAAAAUGUAUGUAA